GAGUAGAUAAUUUUUGUGCUGUUAAAUACUUUUUAGAACACCACAAGUUCUUAUGUUAUAUGAGAAUUAUUAAUAAAUCUGUGACACUGCCCUCCAAUCUCUCCAUUUUAGUUUUGAUUCAAUUGAUAAUUGCCGGUGGACAUCGAGGUCUCUUAAAAUUGAACAAAGUUUGAGGAGAUGGAGGCAAACCAACAUCGGAGCUGUUUCCAAGUCGGCGGCAGGUGCAAUUGCACCGAAACAUUGGUCCCUCUGAACGAGCUGAGAGAGGAGAACCGCUUGUGUGACGCCGUGUUGAGGUUGGAAGAUGGCGGCGUCUUUCCAGUCCACAGAGUGCUUCUCUCGAUGCGCAGCCCAUAUUUCAGGAACCUCUUCAUGACAAAACUGCACACCAGUGAGGAGACUGAUAUUCUCCUCCGCGGAGUCAGCUCAGACAUGAUGACCCUGAUACUGGAUUGUGUUUAUUUUCGCGAGGUGGGCAUCCGCUCCUACAACGCGCGUCAGCUGCUCGUGACGGCUGAAUUCUUGUGUAUUCCGGACGUUUCUAAACUCUGCUGCGACUUCCUCGAGGACGCGAUGGCCGCCGAAAACUGUAUCGGCAUCUUGCAGUUCGCAAGGUUUCACUCCAUCGCCGACCUCGAGAAUCGCGCUCUCCGCUUCGUUUGGCGCCACUUCGUGGAAGUGUCUCAGUACAGCGAAGAACUGUUGGAACUGCCUGUAGAGGAGCUGCAAGCGAUAAUCGAGUCCGUGAAACUGACCGCGGAGGAAGAGAAAUUUGUGUGGGAGUGCAUUCUCCGGUGGAUCAAUCACGACUCGGACAACAGGAAAGGCCACUUCGCGGACCUUCUGAAGGGCGUCAGACUUGGACGACUUGACGCAAAGUUUUUCAAGGAGCAGGUAUCAAAGCACAGGUACGUGACGGAAUUUAAGGCGUGCAGACCCGUGAUCUCGGAGACGCUCAAAUUCCUGGACGACGUGGAAAGUUUGACGAAAGAAGACAAGGACCUCGUUAUACCAAGGAUUGCCCGGCCGCGAAUCCCACAGUGUGUUGUGUUUACUAUUGGUGGGAGUUAUGACGGAUUGGUUUCAGAUGUGAUCGAAGCGUACGACGAACGAGUAGACCGGUGGAGUGUGGUGGAGGGGGUAGACUCGAUCGGUCCGCGAGGCGAACAUGGCACGGCAGUAGUCGGUUUCAACAUUUACGUCAUCGGUGGUACCGAAAACGGCUUUGAAGGUGUAAGCUCCUGUAGCUGCUUCAACGCUGUUACGAAGACAUGCCGCGAGGUGGCGCCUAUGCAUAAACGCAGAUACAGAUUAAUGGUGGCAGUUUUGCGAGGUGCAGUGUACGCCAUGGGCGGUAAAAGUAGUCAGAAUCAGAGAACGGCGGAAAGAUACGACUGCAAGACGAACCAGUGGUCUUUGAUCGCACCCAUGAACACGGGUCGUUUCAAUGGAAGUGCGGCUGUACUGAAUGACAAAAUAUACGUCGCUGGUGGAUGUAAAGGUGAGAAGUCUCUAGACUCUGUAGAAUUUUAUGACCCGGACACCAACCGAUGGACGUACGUUGCAAGAAUGCUUUCUCGACGUGAACGUUUUUCUUGCGUCGCCUUCCACGGCUGUCUGUACGCCCUAGGGGGACGCAACAAGUCAUCAUCCGACCUCAGUACCGAGAAGUAUGACCCUGCAGAAGACACGUGGACCGAGAUCCCUGCCAUGAACUUCUAUGCUCAUGAGUUAAACGCAGAAGUGAUCGACGACACGAUCUUUGUCAUCGGUGCAAAGAAUAUCGAUCAUCACUUCGCCUCCCACGUCGCAUAUCUCAAUGCCAAGGAAAAUCGAUGGUACCAGUUGACAAACACGAAUGUUUAUAGAUCCGGGAUGUCGACUUGUGUCAUCAAGAACCUACCGAAUGCAAGCGAUUACGCCUACAAACACAGACAAAUCGAUGGAGGAGAAACGUAAAGAAAGGAGGAGAAACGCAAAAAAGGAGGGGAAACGUAAAAAAGGAGGGGAAACGUAAAAAAAUAUUGGAUUUAGAAAAUUAGUUGUUUGCAGUUGAUUAGAACCACGACGAACACAUUGAUUUUAAUUACUUUUCUUACGAAAAUAAUGUAGAGAAAUAGGAAUUGAUGUAGGAGCUACAAAGAAUAAAAAUAGAAACAUUGUUUGCAGCAAAGAAGGAGAAAUUAUUUCUUCUCGUUACUUUCUGCUCAAGAAGUCCUAUUGAAAUUUGUUAUUUUGCGGGCGUUUAAUUUUAUUCAAAAUAUUACUCUCCAUUAACACAUAGCAGAUUCUCUUUGCGUCUCGUGUUAUGAAACCGUCUUCAGGGGAAGAUUAAAUGCUUUGCUUCAUGAACGUCAUUUACAAAAACGGCAUUACGAAGGCAACACACUGAGAAUUUUGUAUUGAGUUCUGAUGUACGUGUGACAUUUUAAAAAAUUGCAAAAAGUACAUUUGGCUGAGUUGGCCCAAUAUACCGGGUAAUUGUGCCAUGUGCCUUGGGAAGUAACAACCUUCUCAAAUGCCACGAAGAAACAGACGAUGCUUUCUAUUCACGAUAUUUUGUAAGGUACUUUUAUGUAUUUUAAUGAAUAAAUGCAAAAUAUUACCACAAAAUACACAAAACUUGAA